AUGGCCAUCAGCACAGCUGACAGUGGAAGCACUGAUGCCCUGCAUGCCACCCUGGUUAACGUACGGUCCAGACAUCCCCCAGCCAGCUCCCCAACCCUUCCCGAACAGGCUACAGUCCAUCACACGAUCCUGUAUUGCCAAGCUCGCGACUCCCCAGCACGGCAGGUCUGCAUUUCACAGACGGUCCCUGGAGGCGGCACGGGCCGGGUUGCGUCCGCACUUUGCCUUCGCUCCCAGACGCCCUCGGAAGCUCCUCCCCGCGACGGGGGCGGGGUCUCAGGCGCCGCCGCGCGCAGGCUCACGCUGCGAGCCGCCGCGGGCGCCCCAGCCCUGCCUGCCACAGUGCUGGGAACCAUGGAAAUGGGGCGCCGUAUGGACGCGCCCGCCAGCGCAGCGUCCGUGCGUGCCUUCCUGGAGCGAGGCCAUAGCGAGCUGGACACCGCUUUUAUGUACAGCGAUGGCCAGUCCGAGAGCAUUCUGGGCGGCCUGGGGCUCGGGCUGGGCAGCGGCGACUGCAAAGUGAAAAUUGCCACCAAGGCCAACCCUUGGGAUGGAAAGUCACUGAAGCCUGACAGCCUGCGGUCCCAGCUGGAGACGUCACUGAAGAGGCUGCAGUGCCCCCGGGUGGACCUCUUCUACCUACAUGCACCAGACCACGGCACCCCUGUGGAAGAGACGCUGCGAGCCUGCCACCAGCUGCACCAGGAGGGCAAGUUUGUGGAGCUUGGCCUCUCUAACUACGCCGCCUGGGAGGUGGCCGAGAUCUGCACCCUCUGCAGGAGCAACGGCUGGGUCCUGCCCACGGUGUACCAGGGCAUGUACAACGCCACCACCCGGCAGGUGGAGACCGAGCGGGGCCUGCUGACCGGCAAGUACAAGUUUGAGGACAAGGACCAGAAACAACCAGUGGGCCGCUUCUUUGGGAAUACCUGGGCUGAGACCUACAGGAAUCGCUUCUGGAAGGAGCACCACUUCAAGGCCAUCGCCCUGGUGGAGAAGGCCCUGCAGGCCACGUAUGGCACCAGUGCCCCCAGCAUGACCUCGGCCGCCCUCCGGUGGAUGUACCACCACUCACAGCUGCAGGGUGCCCGUGGGGACGCGGUCAUCCUGGGCAUGUCCAGCCUGGAGCAACUGGAGCAGAACCUGGCAGCAACUGAGGAAGGGGCCCUGGAGCCUGCUGUCGUGGAAGCUUUCGAGCAAGCCUGGCACCUGGUUGCCCACGAAUGUCCCAACUACUUCCGCUAGGCCCCAAGGUGGCUUGAGCUCCCAACGCCUUUGUCACCUUUAUUCUUCCACUCUAGCCAGUCUGCCUUAAGCUGAUUUAUCUUGGACUUUCCUGAUCUUCUUGAUCCAUGCAUUAUUUUUCUAGAUUUCGACCUUGCUCCCUGUUGCCUUCACAAUGUGGGAAGGCUGGGGCUGAGUCCUACGCGGGCACUUUCUGUCUGAAUAAAGUAAGCACCUGAGCUGGCUGCAGCCCAGGCCUGGAGUGAACCCUCCAAACUUGUCUGCUCUGGUGCUUGAAGCUUGCUUCCCA